AUGACUUCACAAGCUGAUAAUGCGCCAAAUACAGAACCAAUAAGGAGAAAGUCAUCAAUUCUUGCAGCAUUGACCUUGAACUGUAACUUACCAACAAUACCAAUUAUAAAUGAACCAUGUGGAUUGACAACAUCCGCUGUACCGUCGAUUUUAAAUCCAGCAUCUGUUACUGAUGUCAAAAAGAAGUCACUGAGAUUUGAUACAAACACAUUUACAUCCGAGUACGAAACGGAGGAGAUUAAAGAAACUAAAAGAAGGAUCACGGAUGAGAUCAAGAGUGUCCCAUCAGAUCUCAAUGGGUACCAAUUAAAUGCUUCAUAUUCUCCAUCGAUGCAUCAUUCAAUUAAAAAUUGCAAUUUAAAAGACUAUUACGCAAUAAAGCAGCGUGAAAUUGAAUGUCAAGUAAGUUGUCAAAUUAAUCACAGCUGGUCGGCACCAGACUAG